CCCCUCCUCCGCGGGGAGGAGCCGCCCGCCCGCCCGCCGGUCCGUCGGUCCGGGCCAUGGAGCCGGCGGAGGAGGAUGCGGGCGGCUUCCCGCGCCUGAUCCAGAAGAAGCGGGACGGCGAGCAGCUGCAGGCGGCCGAGAUCCGGCGCCUGGUGCGGGGCGUGUGCGGGGGCAGCUUGCAGCAGGGCCAGAUCGGGGCGCUGCUCAUGGCCGUGCGGCUGCGGGGCAUGGACACGGGCGAGACGCUGGCGCUGACGCGGGAGAUGGCGGCGUCGGGGCGCGUGCUGGCCUGGCCGCGGGGCUGGCAGCCGCGCCUGGUGGACAAGCACUCCACGGGCGGCGUGGGCGACAAGGUCAGCCUGGCCCUGGCCCCUGCCCUGGCCGCCUGCGGCUGCAAGGUGCCCAUGAUCAGCGGGCGCGGGCUGGGCCACACCGGGGGCACGCUGGACAAGCUGGAGUCCAUCCCAGGGUUCAACGUCUCCCAGAGCCCGGAGCAGAUGAGGCAGAUCCUGGAGCAGGUGGGCUGCUGCAUCGUGGGGCAGAGCGACGAGCUGGUGCCGGCGGACAAGGUGCUGUACAGCCUACGGGACGUCACGGCCACAGUGGACAGCCUGCCCCUCAUCACAGCCUCCAUCCUGAGCAAGAAGGCGGCGGAGAACAUCUCGGCCCUGGUGCUGGACGUGAAGUUUGGCAGCGCCGCCCUGUACCCUACCCUGGAGAGUGCCCGGCCCCUGGCCCAGAGCCUGGUGUCGGUGGGCAGCCAGCUGGGCAUCAAAACCGCGGCCGUGCUCAGCGAGAUGGACGGGCCCCUGGGGCAGCGUGUGGGCCACUCACUGGAGGUGCUGGAGACGCUGGAGUGUCUGCACGGCGGGGGCCCCGCGGACCUGCGUGAGCUAGUCACCACCCUAGGGGGCUGCCUGCUGUGGCAGUGCGGCGCAGCCGAGUCAGCGGAGGCAGGGUCCGGCUGCAUCGCGGCAGCGCUGGACGACGGCUCGGCGCUGCGCAUCUUCCAGGCCAUGCUGCAGGCGCAGGGCGUCGCACCCAGCGUGGCCCAGGCCCUGUGCACAGCCACAGAGGAGCAACGCUACCAGGUGCUUGGCCGGGCCCGCACCCAGGAGGAGCUGCUCGCACCCCAGGACGGCACGGUGCAGGGCAUCCUGGCGCUGCCCAUCGCCCGCGUGCUGCACAGCCUGGGCGCCGGCCGCACGCGCCAGGGGCAGCCCCUCAACCCCCGCGUGGGCGCGGAGCUGCUGGUCACCGUGGGGCAGCGCCUGCGCAAAGACCAGCCCUGGCUGCGGCUGCACCACGAGGCGCCGGCGCUGGAGGCGGGCGCGGGCCGGGCGCUGCGGGACGCGCUGCUGCUGUCGGACGAGCCGCCCUUCGCGCCGCCGCCCCGCGUCCGCGACCUGCUGCUCCCGCCCCCGCCCUAGAGCGCAGCGCCCCGCC